CCCCGCCCCCCAAAGAAAAAACGAAAAAAUCUUGGAUUGAAAUAUCAAAUUCACUGAUCUCUAGUAUAACUAUCUCACCUAUAUGUAGUUUUGACUGAAGAAACUUGUCUGGAACCUGGUUCAUUGCUAGAUCCCUAGUGCAGCAGGAUUAAUGAACUUAGCUACUUUUCCCUUUUCAGUUUUGAGAUGUGCAUCUUCUACUUUUAUAACUCUCUAGUGUCAUAUAGGGCUCCAUUCUGAGCUGUUUAGCCUGUUUUUACCCCUUUUUGUGCAUAUUUUAUUUCAGGCUGUUUUUACCCCUAAAUGGCUGCUGAUAUUUUCAAGGGGAAAAAAGGUGGAGCCGGGGGUCUCUUGGAAACAGCCUCCCUACUUCCGAGUAGGGGCAAGGCUGCUGAUAUUUUCAAGGGGAAAAAAGGUGUACUUGAUGAAAACACGUGGCAAUACGGUGGCAUAGUUGACCAACCAUUUAGGUGCACCACUACACUGCCACACCAAGAAUGCACUGAUGAAAGUUCUGUAUCGAACCCAAGAUCUCUUAGUCAGAUGCCAUCAUCGUUAAUUUGUGUACUAGAAGGUUUAUCUAUUCUUCAAAAUAUUUCCACCAUGUUGUUUGAAUUUCAACAUGCUUAUUAUGAAAGAGAGAGACUGUAUUUUAGCUCCUUAGAAUCUAUUAGCUUGAUUUCUGAUUGUAUAUUAAGAAAGCUGCGAGGUUUACUCAUGGUCAUCUCACAUGAGUGUACUAAAGUUGAACUGUUGGAGGAUGACAAAUCAAAAUCAUCUUUAAAGAAAAACAAUGAGAGACUUGGCUCUGGCAACAAUAAGAAAAACCGCAAGAACAGUAAAGUUAAAAAGAAAAAUCAUGUUACAAAGCUAACAGCGGAUGGUGUUACACUUCCAAGAUCUCUUGAGGUUGAUCGAUUUGGAUUGGCACAUGUUGAAGAUGGACACGUCUGUUCAUCUAGUAGCUUGGAUUUUAAGGUGCAGCAGAUGGAAUUUGAUAAAGAUCCUGUUCCUUCUAUACUUCACAUGGGACAUGGAAAAGGACAACUUACUAACACUGUCCAAAGCGUUUCCAAGAAGAAGAGAGAAAGAAAUAAGUGUAAAAACUCUAGCUGCAAAGUUUCAGCAGAAGCUGGCAGCAACCAGAAAGGUCCUGUGAAGUUUUCCUCUCUACCUCUGUCUUGUGAAGAUCACCAUUUGGAACCUGCUUUGUUAAUUGAAAAUUUAGUUGAGGAAACGUCAAAAGUUGAUGUUAAUGAGGAUGAUAACAGUGAUGAACAGAUUACAAGUUGUUCAGGAGCUGUGCAGAUGGGCAGUGCAGCAGAACUCACUAAGGGAUUCCAUUCUACUGGUCGUGCAGACGGAAUAAGGACUUCUGCUCCAAUGUGCUUCCAGGCCUCAGAGAGUGUGCUAGAAAAUGAAAAGGCAGCUGUUGCAUUAGAAACAUUAGUUUUAAAUACCAAUUCUAGUGUAACUUCUCCAAUGUCUUUGAUGGAAACUGUUAAUAAUCCUGAACUCCGUGAUAUAAACAGAGAAAAUAAAAAUGGUUUAAAUAGAGAGGUAAUGAAACAAGUUGUAUUGGGAAAACAAGAGAAAGUUGGAGAUAAGGAAGAAAAAAUCUUCUCUUUUCAGGAGUGUGGAAGCAUUGAUGUUCAUAAUAGUGGGCCUGCAAAUGCUUCAACAUACCUUUCUUAUGAAUGGCCCAGUGUAGCUCCUAUCCACUUCCAAUCGGGUAACUCACAUAUCCCACCUGCUACUGAUAGACUGCAUCUAGAUGUUAGUCACAAUUGGCAACGCCACUAUCACCAAUCUUAUGUACGCACUGUGCAUCGUGUUAGGAAUCCUUCAAUUGAAUCAGGGUGUACAGGCAUUAUAUCUAGACCUUUAGCAAUGAGCCUAGACUGGCCUCCUAUAUUACGCGGUGUUAAUGGAAUAGCUACAUCUGUCACCUGCAAUUAUGAUGCCGGAUUUCUCUCAAGGCGACCAUCUUUUCAACAGGACUUAGCUAGCCAAAGCAUUCACUGCAAUACCGUGAGUGGUGAUGAUGAAAGGGUGUAUUCUGGCGACCUUGAUUUUUCUGAAUCUACAAAUGUGCAGGAAGCGUAUGAUGAACACGAGUACUAUCGUAUGCCAGAAGAAGAGUUAGAGGUCCACGGUCUACCUGGUGUGGAUUAUAAUCAGUACUUUGGUGGUGGUGUAAUGUACUGGAAUCCUUCGGAUUUUCCUGGGACAAGCUUUUCACGCCCUCCUUCUCUUAGUUCAGAUGAUAGUUCUUGGGCUUGGCGAGAGGCAGAUAUGAAUAGGGCUGUUGAUGAUAUGGUUGCUUUCUCUUCUUCUUACAGCACAAAUGGAUUAACUUCUCCGUCUGCCACUUCCUUUUGUUCUCCAUUUGACCCUUUAGGAUCUGGAACGCGUGGUUAUGUUGUAUCAGGAAGUGAAGUAAAUACCAGCAAGGUUUCUCAGUCAUCAAUAGCCACAUCCUCUGAUCUAGUGGGAGAGGAGAAUUCUCCAGCUUCCUUGUCCAAGGUGUCUCUUGAGAGCGAGACAAAGGCCGGUGAUACACUUACAUAUCCCAUUCUUCGACCAAUCAUCAUUCCGAACAUGUCAAGGGAAAGAUCAAGAUCUGAUUUCAGGCGUAGCCAUGAUCGUACAAGUCCUUGUAUUCCUCCUAACAGGCAGGAACAACCCCGGAUGAAGAGGCCACCAUCACCAGUGGUUCUUUGUGUUCCACGGGCACCUCGAUUGCCUCCCCCUUCUCCUGUUGGUGAUUCUAGAAGGCACAGAAUUCCAACAGUUCGCUCUGGGAGUUCCAGUCCUAGGCAUUGGGGUAUGAAAGGUUGGCUCCAUGAUGGAAUUAACUUUGAAGAAGCUUGUAAACGUAUGGAUGGCAGUGAAGUAGUUUGGCCACCUUGGAGAAGUAAAAACUUUUCAGGUCAUCAGUUAACUCAGCCUCUGGCUGGAGCCUUACUGCAAGAUCACUUAAUUGCAAUAUCACAGUUAACUCGUGACAAGGAGCAUCCAGAUGCUUCAUUACCUCUUCAGCCUUCUGAAAUGUCAAUCGGAUCCACAGAAAAGACACCCCUCAGUUUGAUCCACAGCAACCUUCAUGAUGAAAUCAACACAUUCUAUAAAGAGGUUGCUGCGGAGAAUUUGAUCAGGAAGCCUUGCAUUAAUUGGGCUGUAAAGCGUGUUACACGGUCACUACAAGUCUUAUGGCCCAGAUCUAGGACAAACAUCUUUGGGUCAAAUGCUACAGGUUUGUCACUUCCUUCAAGUGAUGUCGACCUAGUGGUCUGUCUUCCUCCAGUGAGAAAUUUGGAACCUAUUAAAGAAGCUGGUAUCCUGGAAGGAAGGAACGGUAUCAAAGAAACAUGCCUUCAGCACGCAGCAAGAUAUCUUGCUAACCAGGAGUGGGUUAAAAAUGACUCUCUCAAGAUUGUGGAGAAUACUGCUAUACCUAUUAUUAUGCUUGUGGUUGAAGUUCCUCUUGAUCUCAUUACCUCCUCUUCAUCACAUUCACAAACACCAAAAGCCCGAGCAACUGGUGAAGAAGUCAAUACCUUACACACUGAUGUGACUGGUUCAGAAAGCUGUACGUCUCCAAAAUGGCCUACAAUUGAUGCAUCUGUCAAGAAUGUAAAAUCAGUCCGUCUUGACAUUAGUUUCAAAUCACCAUCACAUACUGGCCUGCAGACUACUGAGCUGGUAAAAGAGCUCACUGAACAGUUCCCUGCAACUAAACCUCUCGCUUUGAUAUUAAAACAGUUCUUGGCAGAUCGAAGUUUAGAUCAAUCAUAUUCUGGUGGUUUAAGUUCUUAUUCACUGGUAUUAUUAAUAAUACGUUUUUUGCAGCAUGAGCAUCAUCAUGGUCGCUCUACUGUCCAAAACUAUGGAAGUCUGCUCAUGGAUUUCUUCUAUUUCUUUGGGAAUGUGUUUGAUCCUCGCCAAAUGCGUGUUUCGAUACAUGGUAGCGGCUUAUACAUAAAUAGGGAAAGAGGAUGCAGCAUUGAUCCAAUUUAUAUAGAUGACCCACUUUUCCCCACCAAUAAUGUCGGUCGGAAUUGCUUCCGUAUACAUCAAUGCAUCAAGGCAUUUGCAGAUGCUUAUUGUACAUUGGAGAACGAGAUUACUUUUGUUCCUACCAAUGGCGACACAAAUGCAAAAAUACGUUCACUAAAGCUACUUCCCAAAAUUAUUCCAAGCAUUAUGCAAUUGAAUGGUUUCCAAAUAUCAGGAGAUUAUGAUUUGUGAUAAUGAGUUGUUACAGGAGGGUGUAAUGUCCAUGCCAAUGUAGGGUGCACUGUUUAUGGUGACACUAUCACCGCUACUGCAAAUUUAGGGUGAUGCAAUUUGAUCAGAUUGAACACACACAAGCUAUGGAAAAGACUCAUGAGGAGGGGGUUUUCACCCUUGAAAGAACUCAAGAUUUCUUUUAGAGAUGGGUUGAUGAAUAGCCUCUCAAAUACUGUAAAUUACUCCCUGUCCCAUUUUAUAUGACUUGUUUUUCUUAGAAUGUUUGACUGAAGUUAUUUCUAAUUCAAUUUAUAAGAUAAUCGAGGUAGGGUAAAAAAAAGCAAGUAUGACAUGACUAUACUAUUCUAUAUAGUUACUAACGAAAAUAUGUAAAGAAAGUGAAUAAAGUUUGAUCUUAGGACAUAGAGAGUACAUGAAUCAAUGGCGAGAGAAUAU